AUGGCCAAGGCAUCGAAAGCUCGGCCAUCUGGCUACGCUGCCGAACCGCAGUUGGAAGCAGAGGUCGCCAGACUUCGCCAUGCGCUGGCAGAUGCAGAGCGACAGAAGGCCGAGCUUCAGACGCAGGUUGAAGAUCUUCGGAGAGAGGUCUCCAAGAUGUCAGGGCAGCUGGCCAGUCCUGGUGGUGACCCAGACGAGCGGACUGCGUUCUAUGUCAGUUUCAUCCCUGGAGAUCCAUGGACUUCAGGUAUCAUACGUUGGUGGACCCUUGCAUGCUUGCAGACUGUAGUCCCGAGAUUUGAGAGGACGUUCUCACUGCCUGGCUUCAAGUGUAUGGAUCCUCGCAGACUCGCGGCCUCUGCGUGUUGUCUGAUCGCGGGACUACUUGUUAUUGCCUUGCAAGGCUGCUCUGAUGAGGAAGCUGUCGAGCAAGCAAGGGAGGAUGCCAUGCGAGAGGGUGAGGCACUGAAGGGAGUUCAGGAUGCCGUCAGUGAGUACAAGGAACAGAAGAAGAAGACACUGGAAGCGCGGGACAACGUCCAGGCAAAAAAGGAUGGCUUCAGCAAGGUUUUGGCAGACGAGGGCAGGAAGCCGGAAGGAGACGAAGCAAGCGCUCUAGACGAUGCCAACAAGGUUCUCAAGGAGGAGGCGGCUGGGGAGCAAGCCGAGAAUGCCGUCGAGCACGGUGAGGCUCCUCCGAAGAAAGGCUCAAGUCUUCUGGUGACGUUUCCGAGGAAAAGCAGAUCCCGCGCUCGAAGGAAGCUGGAAGAGGUCUUCCUGCACGGCAUCAGACGGACACGCGAUGUUGGAGACAAGCAACGCUUGCUCGGGCACCUCCGUUCGGAGGCGUACGUCGAGCUGUUCGCUUCUCCAAUCGCGGGCGUCGGAGUGCGUGCCUUUCGGCAGAUUCCUGAGGGAGUUGACCCCUUCCCGAUCUGCAACCCACACAUGGCGGCGAAGGAGAUAGAGAGAUGCGAGCAAGUGCUCCCGUGCUUGGCACAAGAACCAGACGGGCGCAGCGAGAAGUUUGUGAAGGCAAUGAAGGUGCUUGGGGAGCUCCGGGACUUUCAAUACUUGCUGAAGGUCUGGAAUCUUUCGCGCCAAAAGAAGGUUAAUCUCAAGCUGUCAGCAUACGCCAUACUGAUCGAGGCUUUGGGGAAAAGCAUUGGGCGGGAGCGGCCUGAGAUCAGAAGGCUUGGUCUUACGGCAGGCAAGAGAGCAUGGCAAUGGAUGCUACACGAUGGGCACAAGCCGGAUGCUAUCACAGUGAGGGCUGCUCUGCACCUCUGUGCAAAAGCCGGGGAUGCAGCCUGGGCCGCACAGCUCUGGGAAAGCACGUCGAAGUCAAGCACUGCAACAUGGAAUCGCUACUUGGAGACUGUUUCACGCCAUUCUGGUCCGCAGGGCUGGGAAACUGUGGAAAGAGAGCUGUCAAGCUGCGUCAACGCGGCAAGAAGUUCGAGGCUUGUGCCAGAUUGCAUCACGCUGUCCGUUCUGGUUAAUGCGGCUGCGGAACAGAACGACAUGAAUCGUGCUGACGAGAUAUGGGAGCUCUUGGCUUCAGCCGUAGAGCCGACGGCUGAAACCUAUGCGGCGCGAUCGAAGAGCUUGCUUUUGGGAGGAGGGCAUGAGCGUGUUUUGGGCCUUCGGGAGGAAAUGCAGCAGAAGUCCAUCUCGCCAAUUGCUCGCAAUAUUUUGCACGAGGUGCAAGCAAGGCUGCUCCUGCUGCACCAGCAUCCUGAGGAUCGCUCUCUUUACGAGCGCCUCCAGGAGACCAUCGAGACGGCACAAGGAGAGGCCAGGGCGGUGGGCCAGGAGGCUCUGCAGCUCCGGCAAAUGCAAACCCUGGCCGGAAGCAUCUGGAACGGCGAGAGACUCGCAUUGGACAAGGUCCGCGUGCUGGCCUGGCGUUGGCCCACAGAGCCUGCACCGAGCAGCGCAAGCUGA